AUUUUAGAAAGGUGCACGCUAAACCGGAAAAAGAAAAAAAAAGGGAUAAUGUUGCUAGGAUACAAGGAGAUAGCAAAACAGGAAAUGAUCCAGCUACACUGAGGCUAGUUUUGGUCAAUGCAAGAUAUCGUAUGCAAAUACUUUUAUAUGGAAAAAAAUAAUUGAUAACGUUAUCUUUUUUCUUUAUUUUUUGAAGAAAAUAUAUUUUUACAAGCCUGUUGUGUGAGUUGUUUUUUUAGAGUCACACCAAGUCGACUUUUUUUUUCCCAGCGGUCAACUUCUGCAGUUCGCUCAUUUUAUAUAAUUCGGCUAAAGAAAUAAAAAUGGACACGAAUAUCAAGGUACCACGGGCCCGCAAAGCUAAAGUGAUGCUAUGGACAGAUGUAAGCUACCAUGACAUGGAGGAGAUCGACAACAUGCAGUCCGUUCCUGAACUGGAGAGUGUGUUGUGCAGUGUAUUUGGAGUUGACCUUCCUGAACCAAAGAGAGGAGUUCUGCUGGAGUUGUAUGUCCAGACUGUGCUUUUUUGCAGAGAGUUCAGCUUCAGAAAGGAACAAACUUCUGCUCUGCUGUCCAUCAUCAAGUCCAUCCAUGAGGCAAACAUAGAAACACCACUCGACAACAUAGAACAGUGUUUCAAAUACUGCAAGGAGCUUCUGCUCUGUCACUCAGUCCGGCGACCGCCCUUUAGUAUCAACCUUUUCAGCUCUAAAGAAGUGAACUGUGUCUUUCAGUACAUCCAUGACAGCUAUAUUAGACACUACAAACUUUACAAAUAUAUCUUCACUCCAAUGGUUAUACUUGAUUUGUCCUUGACUUAUUCUGGCACCCCAGACAAUGAGGAUUCUUCUGCUCCAGAAAAUGUGAUGGAAGAGGCUGUAUCAAAGACAGACACUUCUCUUGAAACACAGGAAACAUCCAUCAUAGGCCAAGAGGAAACCACGCUCAGUCCCACAUCAGAGCUGAAGACACUGAUAGAGAAAGAAGUCAGAGAGCAGAUGACGCUUGUGUCUGGACAACUAGAUCAGCGAAUGAAAGAAAUCGCAGAUCUACACAAAAGGGCAGUAGAUUCACCACAGCCGAAUCAGAGGGCCAAAAAAUAACAGAUGGUAAAAGUUUCCUUUGGCUUUUUCCACUCAAACAGCCAGUGUGUUGAUUUCCAUUACAGCACUCAUACAAAAUAAGAUCAUUCAAACGACUGUUUUAUUGACAAUAAAACCUUUUUUUUUUCUUCAUA